AUGUUGCAGCAAUUUUCACCUGAAACACCCCAAUGGCCAACUGUUGAAUUGAUCAUUAUCGGUAUUUUGCCUCAUGUGAUCGUUCUCGUUGGAUUGUAUCAAUUCAAUCUAGAUAAUGCAAUCGCAAACUUAACUGGUAAAGGUAUAACCAAUCGCUCGUUAGUCACAUGCAAAUUAAUCGAAUUUAUUGGUUACUAUACUCUACAUUUACCAGUUAUGUAUUUAACAAUGGCAACUGUUGAUCGUACAUUCAUUUUAUGGUCACCUGCAUACAAACGAAAAAUAGCACAAUCAAAACAAGCGUGGAAAUUAUGUAUCUUAAUAGCUGGUAUAUUUGUGAUAACAGAAUGUUUCUUACUUGCUUUAGGGUAUCGAGCAGAUGAUGUUGAACAAAUCUUUGCCAAUGAGCGUAGUGAAAUUGAAAAAAUAUUAAAUGGCAUAGCACGGAGUAUUUAUCACAGUGCUGAGCAACUGGAUGAAGUACGAAUGAUCCUUCUGAAUUUAAGAUUCAGUGCAGUAGAUGAAGAUCAUGAAAUUAGUCCUAAAGUUGAUCUCCUGGAAAUGUCCUUGUGUAACGAUCUAGACCAGUUAAAUAAGCUAGAAAUUACAAAUGUGAUGAAAAUUGAAUUUAAAAGUUUAACAUCGACAUAUUUUCCGAAUUACGUUGAAGAUGAUGAUAGAUGGAGCGAUAAUAUCCUUUGUCUUUUCAAUUUCUUUUCUCUGUUCGAUCGCAGUAAUAAGCAAAAUUGGAAUCGCUACAAGCACUUAGUAUUUCUGAAUGAUCAAGACAAAGAUUUACCCUUAGCAGAUGAGGAAGUACAUGGGUUCGACAGGCCAUAUGCAUUUUUGCUAACAAUGUUCGUAUCGAGUUCGGCACCCAGUCUUCGAACAGGAAAUCUGUCCGACGACGAUGAACAAGCUGAGCGACGGUAUAAUCAACAGGAGCCAAAGGCCCCGCUGCGAGAUAUUGAAGAUGUGGUGAAAAUUGAUCCGAGCUGGGCAGUUAUUGGAGAGUUACAACUUAACGAAACUCUCGGUCGAUUUUAG